GAGUGAGAAAAGCGACGCGCUGCGGAUGGUCGCUAGUGAAAAGUGCGCUGUAAAUAAACAGAUAUUUCUUGGAAUUUAUAAUAUCAAUUCGAUUCUAAAUAAAUUUAUUAACUUUUUUGAUACUAGUAGUUAUUAUAAAUAAAGUGCAGAUGUAGUUCCAUAGCGUUGUACAAAAAAUAUCAAUUGCCGGCCAGAUCACCAUGAAUCCAGACGACUUGGAGGACACCCAUUUGUGUAUAAAAUGCAAUGCCACGAUUCUGGGAUUGGAAAAAUAUAUUGAACAUCGGAAACAAAACUGUCGGACUGCCGAAAAGCAGACAGUGACUACCACGGCGGAAGGCCCCGUCACCACAUCAACUCCCACCCAAGUCUCGACAUCAAUUAUCAGUCGCAGCAACUUGGACCACAGCUACGAUGGCUUCCAUUUCACGGAACCGGAAGCCCCCAGCAGUUAUUUGCGGAAAACAGCAGCCAGUCACGGCGGAAAGACCUCAAAGUCCCUCACUGAAGCCUAUGAUCUGACCUAUGAGCUGGGAGCUGAUCUGUUCUUUUCUUCGCUGCAGCUGCAGAGUGUUUCCACUGGAGGAAAGACAGGGUCAGUGGCCCGACAGGAGAGGCCCAAGGAGGAGCCAUGGCCAGCACCCGGAAGAGAUCCUUUGCUGAAAGCUGUGCGGGAGCACGAAGAUACUGUCUUCAAGCCCCUCAAUUUCGACCACGACUCCCCGGAAGCCAGCGAGGAUGAAGAUGAGGAGGAAGAGCCCGAUGAUUUUGACCCGGAACCGGAGGAAGACGACGAGGAGUACGAGGUGAGGCGUCACUCGCCACCGGCCGUGCCCGUCACUCAUACUGGUGGCAAGUGGAAGCCCGAGCACCGCCCGCAACUCCGGCAUCCGCACAUCGAACGCCUCUCGCCCAGCUGGGAUGAGCCAGCCGAGGAGGCGUUCCCCCACCCUCCAGAGGAUCACACCAAGGGCAAGUGGGUGCCCGGCAGCAAGCAGUUGGAGUACCGUGAAAACAUAGACCUCACCAAGCUGGAGCAGCCAGGGGCCAGUUAUUGGUGCAACAUUUGCUGCAGGCGCUUGAAGAGUCGCCUGAACUACGAGCAACAUUUAAAAAGUGGCUACCACUUGAAGAGGGCUGAGGCCGAAUGCCAGUUGGAGCAGGCCACCCUGGGCAGAGAGCUCAGCCUGAGUAAAGAGUUUGCCGUGGAGGUCAAGGGCAAGGAGAAGGAUCCACCAGAACCGAAAAAGAGGCAGAGGCGAGCCAACCUCCUGCGCUGCGAUCUUUGCCGGCACACAAUGGCCCGCCACUUGAUGGGAAAACACCUGAUCUCCCACUACCAUUACCGACGCCUGCAGCAGCAACAAAACCAAAUAAGGAGACAGGCGUCCCUGCAGGACAUACUUAACCACAUGGGCAGCAUAGUGAGGCAGUCUCCGUUUCAGUGUCUGCCUUGCAAAUUUUAUGCCAACUCGGAGGAGUCUUUCCUUGACCAUUGGCAGUCCCAGACACACUCGGUCCUCACCCAGAAGCUGGGUGGCUCCUUUUGGUGUGGCUACUGUCAGUUCGAGUGCCGCACCAACGACGAGAUGUGGAUGCACCUGCUCCAUGCCUCCCACAAGGAAGUGGUCAUGGCUCUGAAUCGGUCUGUUCCCAUCUACAUAGCCCAGAGACGGCAUCUCCAGUGCUCUAGUUGUGGGCAGCGAUUCCUCUACAACAUCCAACUGCGCCAGCACUUUGCAACCGAACAUCCUGGCCAGGCUGCCACUGGCAGUGCUGCGGAUGACUAUCAGUGUCGCUUUCGGUGUGGCCUGUGCGGCAUGCCGCAAAAAUCCCGCCUGGCCCUGCAGCGCCACGAAAAGCACAAGCAUCAUGUGGCCAGGUAUUACUGUGCCAUUUGUCGGCUGGACUUUGAAACGCCUCUUGACGCACGACGCCAUCGAAGCAUGUUGCAACACAAGCUGAAGGCUAGACCGAAAGUGUCCACAGUCCACUCGGACAAAGAAAUUGAAAGUAUGCUUCGGGAAGUGCUGGAUGACACCGCAGACUCCAAAGCCAAUCCCUCAAAGAAAACCAAAAUUAUUCCCAAAAAAUGCGCAAACUGCGAGGAGGUCUUUGAUUCUCCUCAAAAUCUAGCCCAACAUCGAGCUGAGAAGCAUCCUGCCGACAACCACGUCUGUCUGAGCUGUGGCCUAAGCUUCCAAUCGGCUCAAGCUUUGGGGAGGCAUACCCGGAGCUGUCAGCCCAAGGCCAGCACAUCCUCCUCAGCAUCCGCAACACCCGAAAAUCCCAAGAACACCAGCUACUCCUGCGAUCAAUGCCAGUUUUGCUCUCAAUUCGAGUCUGAUCUUAUAUACCAUCGCUUCUUCCACACCCGUACUGGGAGUAUUGCCAAAAACGAGCUCCUUCAGUGUCCGCUGUGCCCCAAGCACUUCAAAAAGCACUCCCUCAGAGCUCAUCUCAGAAACCACACCGAUGAGAGGAUCUUCGAGUGUCCAGAGUGCAAGCUAAAAUUUGCCAGAAGACACAACUUGAAGAACCAUGUGGCCACCGUUCACGGGAAGAAGGAGGAUCUGGAGGCGACUAAGCUGGCCAAGAAGAAGGCAAGCGAACAAAACAAAGCCACAUAUCAGUGUGGAACCUGUGGAAAAAUUCUAGCUAAAAAGUACAGUCUUAAACUGCAUGAACUGAGCCACAAGGAGACAUUGAAAAAGAAUUUUAAAUGCCAGUUUCCGGAGUGUUCCUAUGCGGGUCUGACCCAGGAGAGUCUGAAGACCCACCUCGUCUCCCACUCCCAGGGCACACACAAAUGUGACCGGGAAAACUGCACCUAUGUGGGGAAAAGUGAACUACAUCUGAAGAGACACCUCAAGUCGGCCCAUGCCGCGGAGAAGGAUGGCGAGGAGUGGUACUCGUGCGAUCAGUGCGAGUUCAGGGCCCGCAUCAAGGGCCACCUCCGCCGGCACUCGCUGCGCCACUCGGGCCAGAAGCCCCACCAGUGCCCCCACUGCGACUUCCAGUGCAGCACCAUCGACAACUUACGCAAGCACAUCGUUAAGACCGGCAAGCAUCCCGGCAAGUUCAUCUACGAGUGCAAAAAGUGUGCGGACCUGGAAUCCGGUGAAAUAUUUAAGAGCAACAGCUACAAGGACUACCAUAAACAUUUAAGUACACACAAAAUAGACUAAAAAAAAUCAUAAA